UUUUUUUUUUAAAAAAAGAACUUGAGAGUGGCCAACCCAGCAUUUUUGUGAAGGGGGUUCAAUAUAUAAAGAAUAAACAUACGUUGAAGCUAAAGAUAUUCAUCAACAGCUACUAUGUAUACAUAAAAAUAAUUUUUAACCUUGGAUAUACAAUGUUAUUUUUAAUUGAUGUAGCUCCACCUGGUAGAAAAGGAUGCUUUCAGUAUUUCGGAUACCAGUUUGCCUUGAACUGCCUGAAUUUUCAAUUUUAAUUGGGAAUGCUUAUGAUUAUGUGCCAAUUUGCGCAUUCCUUGUUGCUUUUCACUAUUUGUUAAAAUUUUCAAGUAUGUUCUUCCUAAUUUAUGUGGUGGUUCUUUUUCAUUUUAGAUCAUCUCAAAAUGUUUGACACAAUCAUAUUUCUUUAGGAUUUCACAAUUUUGAAGAAUUCAGGUUCAUUCAUGAUUGUUGAAUUUUAAUGUGGUUUUCUCUGCCAAAUUUACUUUCAACCUCUGCUUUCAUAUUUUCAUUCACUAUUACAAUUUUAACAUCUUAAAUUUUAUGCCCAUAAUAGGGGCUAUUCACUAAGCAUUUCUUAAUCUGUGUAGAAAAUUACUAUUGCAAUAAUUUCUUUUCUUUAUUUGGUUUCAGUAAUGUUUUAGCUCAUUUAAGUUCACAAAUUCUAAGUGAAAUGUCAUCUUGGUUGAUUUGACAAAUUGAAAACGAAGAAGGAAAAAGAAUUUAAUUUAUAAAGCUAGUUUGCUGCUGCUCAGCAGUGUGAUUCUGAAGGUUCAAUUCUUCUGUUAUUUUCCUCUUUCUAAUCUUUGGAUAGUGGACUUCAAUCACAGAAGCAAAUGAUAAUAGGUUUUGCUAUGGAUAUUUCUGAUCCACAAUGGUUAUAAACUCCUACUGUUUCGAGUAAUUCUAUGCUAGGUUACCAUUUUAUUCCUUUGUGAUGGCUGAUUGGAAUAGUUGAACUGAUGGCUUUAGAAAUAAACAAUUUUUUGUGGGUAAUCUUAGAUGCAUAAUAUACUUGUAUAUGGCAAAGCGUUAGAAUAUGCUCACAACAGAGAGAUGCGCUCGAGUGUAUAAGCAAUAAAUCUCCCUGUUUUUAGCUCACAGUGAAAGUACUAUUUUCUAGUAUCUUCCCCCCCUUUUCUUUCCCUUACUUUCUGGGUGUUGAAUAGGGGUGGGUGGAUUUUUCAACAAUAACAUCAUGUGCGACUUGACUCUCUCAUCAAAUGAUGCAAUAUUUCGGCGCCUUCUUGUAUGAAAAUUGCUACACCCAUUUUUGACGUACAUCACGAGCAGUUGCGAACCAAACAAUGUGGUAUUUAAGUGAAGAAAGGUAGAGAGGUAGACCCAUUAUCCCCACUGAGUUUCGAACCAUGUGCCAAGUGUCUACUGGGAUUUCUCAAUUAUGAAAAAAGAAUUGGUGCCUCCAUUCCGAUUAUGCCUUAACCAUCGUCAUGUUUCCUUAUGCACCCACCUUGAAUAUUGCUUGUUGAUUCUCCAAGAUUAAACGCGCGGGGUCGGGGGUGUAGGUUUGAUGUCUAUGAAAAGUAAUCUCUACCCCCACCCUCCAAAUAACAAAGAUAUAUACAAUGAAAAGAGUAGGAAAUGCAGUUUCAGAAGGCUCACGGAGUAACUUGGAGGUUGCAUUUAAAUCCUCAAAAGAAUGCCGCCCAAUCCAAGAGUUAAGAAGGCAUUUCGUGCUAUGAAAAACAUUGGCAUCUCUGAGGAAAAGGUGAAGCCAGUCUUGAAGAGCCUUCUAAAACUAUAUGACAAAAAUUGGGAGCUAAUUGAAGAAGAGAAUUAUAGAGCACUUGCAGAUGCCAUAUUUGAAAAGGAGGAAGCAGAGGUGGCGGAACAUAAGAAGCCUGAAAAUACUGAACCGCUUGUGCAGCGAGAGGAAGUUUUAGAGGAAGAAGCAGUGCAUGAGGAGCCUGAAAGACCACUAAAGAGAUUGCGAUUAAGAUAUCAAGAAGGUCAAGCUUCACCUUCCGCUAACAAUUCUAGUGCCGGGCCUUCUCUUAAAAGGCCUAGACAGGAGGAGGAAGAUGAAUUACCUGGACCUCGUUAUCAGAACAAGUCACAAGGGGAAGCAAAUCCUAGUACUCAUAGGAAUAAUACUCAAACAUCUCCAGUCGUGUCUAGGGUAAAGAGUUUGGCUGUUGCUAAAUCUUCCCAUGCAUCAAAACUCAAAGAGCCAAAGACAGAACCUGGCGGAGAACUGUCCCCUAAACAGAAGAUGUCGGGAGCCCUUGCUUUAAUCAAGCCUAAAGAUGAACCAUAUACUGAUGAUAUGCCACAGUUUGAGGUUCCUAUUGCUGUUAUUCACCCAGAGCCGUCAAACAAGGGAGAUACUUCAAGUGGUAAUGCCUCAAGGAGACUUUCAGAAACUUCUGAACCUUUAGUAAUAGAGCUGAGAGGUGGAGGAGAUUCAGGCAAGCACAUCACGACUUCAUCAAAUGGAGUGACAACCAGUCGUGAGCUGGUAGAAGUCCAGGAUAGACGUCAUGCUGAUGUAGAUAUUGCCUCCUCACCAUCUGGUGAAGUAAAAGUCUCUAUAAACUGUGACCCAGCUCUUUGUAGAUCAGAUUUCCAUAUGCCGAGUCUAGAAUCAGUUCUGAAGAUGGUGGAGCUUAAAUGUCUUAAAUCAUACAAAAUCCUGGACCCUAACUUUUCUGUGAUGAAGCUGAUGAAAGACAUGUGCGAGUGUGUUUUGGAACUGGGCACUCAAAAUAGUCAUAAAUUGCAAUCAACCGCAGAUGUUGCUGCAGAAAAUGAUUCUGACCAGAGAAGCAUGAAUGUUAAUUCCUCAAAUGGAUUUAUGAAUUUUGAAAUUGAUGCUGGGGAUGUUCCACCAAAGAUGCCCCAACUCUCUCCUUUUCUUGGAGAAGACAGUAUUCAAGCUGGUCAUAUAGCAUCAACGGGCAACUGUGGUGGAACUCCAGAAACUGAACAGAAUGGUAUUGAGCAGACUAAUCCAUGGAGUAUGGAGGCUCCAUGUGAGUUAACACUAGGUGAAAUAGGUUCUUUUGAUUGCUUAAAUGAGUUCCUGAACUCUGAUCUUGGUGCCGGGGAAGCUGAACCAGAGAUGCCCCAUCUCACUUCUUAUAUUGGUGAAGAUAGCACUCGAGUUGAUCAUACAGCACCAAUGGGCAACUGUGGUAUUGCUCCAGAGAGUCAUCUUGAACAGAAUAAUUCACAGAGUCUGGAGGUUUUUCCAUAUGACGCGACUCCACAUGAUGUGGGGUCUGUUGAUGUCAUUGAUAUAACCAAGGGGCAAGAAAAUGUUAUAGUUUCUUUGGUGAAUGAAGUUAAUAGCAAGCAUCCACCAUCAUUCCACUACAUUGUUUCCAAUGUGAUUUUCCAGAAUGCAUGUGUGAACUUUUCCCUGGCUCGUAUUGGAGAUGGUGAUAGUUGUUCAACUUGCUCUGGUGAUUGUUUAUCAUUGUCCACACCUUGCGCUUGUGCACAGGUAACCGGUGGCGAUUUCGCCUACACAAAGGAAGGUCUUAUUAAAGAAGAGUUUCUUAAAGAAUGUAUCUCCAUGAAUCGUGACCCCAAGAAACACCGUCAGUUCUUCUGCAAAGAGUGCCCAUUGGAAAGAUCAAAAAAUGAGGACAUUAUAGAAGCUUGUAAAGGUCAUCUGAUGAGAAGCUUCGUCAAAGAGUGUUGGUGGAAAUGUGGCUGUAAUAAACAAUGUGGCAACCGUGUAGUGCAGCGAGGUAUAAGCCAUAAGUUACAGGUCUUUAUGACUCCUGAAGGGAAAGGAUGGGGCUUGCGGACCCUUGAAGACCUUCCUCAGGGUGCAUUUGUCUGUGAAUAUGUUGGAGAAGUUCUGACCAACAUAGAACACUUUGAUCGUGUUUCACGGAGUCCCAAUGGGGAGGAACAUUCGUAUCCAGUCCUGCUGGAUGCUGACUGGGGUUCAUUGGGUGUCCUAAAGGAUGAGGAGGCUCUUUGCUUGGAUGCUACAUUUUAUGGGAAUGUUGCCAGGUUCAUCAAUCACAGAUGCUUCGAUUCAAAUUUGGUUGAAAUACCAAUUGAAAUAGAGAAUCCUGAUCACCACUACUAUCAUCUUGCUUUUUUCACUACAAGAAAUAUCAAGGCAAUGGAGGAACUCACUUGGGAUUAUGGUAUUGAUUUUGAUGAUCUUGAACAUCCAGUAAAAGCAUUUAGCUGCCAUUGCAGUAGCAAGUUCUGCCGUAAUAUUAAACGUCCAAGCAGAUCUAAAUCAAGAAGGUAGGCCUGAGAUGAUGAUCUUCUCCAAGUAUAUUUUUGUCGUUUUCCUGAUCUUGGGCAGUUCAAGAAGCUGUUGUGUGAUCAAACUCAGUCAAGGUGAUUGUUUUGCAUCUCUCAAGGUUUCUAGCGCCGAUGUGCAUUAUAUGUACAGUAUGCAAUACUAAACUUGUUUAUGGUAUUGAGGCUCGAUUUUGUAUAGAAGUUUCAAGGAAGUGGCUCAGAGCUGGAUUAGCUGCAUGUUUUGGUUGUAUUUAAUGAUGUUUUGGUCCAUAGAACUACAUGCUCGAAUUCUUGGUUUUUGUUCCACGGCAUGCUGUAAGCAUAUUGCAAAGUAGGCCUUCUCUUGAAUCUUACCUUUUUGUA